AUGGCCUACAAAGAGGAGGUGACUCCUAAGCCGGACUCUGCGGUCCUGGUCAAACCCCUCGUGGUAUCACAUUCUGACCCUGACUCUGAGCCGCCUCAACCCGGCCAUCCCAAAGGCCUUAAGCCAGCGGCGCUAAAGGUGAAGCAGGAAGGGCAUGACAGCCUCUAUCUCCACACCGAGCCCAAGGUCGUCAAGUGCACGUGGGAGCAGUUCAAGAACCGGUUCCACAAUGCGGACAAGGCAAGCUUUGAAAUAGCGACGGUCGAGCUUUUGAUGACGAGUGAGACGCUGGACGAGGACAUUGAAGUGGAGCGUCUGAGACGCAUGGACGCUGAAAGGAGGGAGAAGUACCUGACCGGAUAUCGACGCCCUACGCAACCCAGACACGCGGCUACGUGGACGAGCGGGCUUCCGUUCGAGCGCAUCCGCAUCAACUCAACCAACGUCAACAGAUACCUUGCUCGUGCCAGCGGCAACAGCCCGUGGCCUGCCGAGCCACACACGUUCCUAAUCCCGUUUGCUUUCCUAAUCCACCACCAUGAUAUGAUGCGGACGGAAUUAAAGAGGCUGGGAGACAGGUUUGUCCCUGCGCAUGCUGGGGAAAGGGGCGAGGAAGCUACGUUUCAACGGCGCGAGAUCAGGCCAUUGACAAAGGAGGAGACCCUAGCGGAGGCCAUGGAGACCGGAGAAGCCUACCUGCAGAUGCAAUGCUACGUCAAAUUCGUCGACGACACUCUGAUACCGCACUACAACCAGUUCGACAAGGCCAAUUACAGCGAGCCCAAGAAGAUCCGGUUCGAUGAUCUCUGGUGUCUCUUCCGCUAUGGCGAGCUUCUCUGCCGCCCCAACAACUCGGUCGCGGUACGCAGACACGACCGCGUAGCUCCCUUCGGCCCUUACUUCAACGGAGGCGAUGACCUCCGGACCGUAUCUCAUGGGCCAUCGGGGGGCGCCUCUGCGUCAGUCGAUACGCACUCCGUCAUCCGCGCCAAGAGGAUCGACAUACCCAGAUACAAGUGGGAUAUGAACGCCGGCGACGACCCAGAUGACGACUACCGGAUGAGGUCGUCAAGAGAGCCAGUCGGCGUGGAGGGGUUCUACAUCGACUACGACGGGACCAAGUUCGCCCCAGUCAGCACCUACAUUGAGAUCGAGUUUUUCCGCGGCGAGAUGGAGAUUCACAAGCUACCCGUCUUUCCGAUACGGUUCCUUCAGAACGAGGAGAGCCUGCUCGGGCAGCUCUGCCGCAGGGGCCAGCAGUUCCGCAAGCUCGUCACCGAGGCAGGUAGCGGACGGGCCUUCGAAUACGACGGCUGGUCGCGGACGACGACGCCGCUCGGGAAACCCAUCUCAAUGACCCUCCAGACCGAGAGCUCUUCGUGGUUAAAAGACACCAUGCGCGAGACCAUACGCGAUAUCUUGGGCGUCGGCCCGGUGGCUCAAAUCCAACCAGAGUAUAUCUCGAGCACCAUCAUUAUGGACUUCCAAGAAGCCUACCACAGCAUACCAGCUUGGCGGCCCAACUUUGACAUGUCCAAGUCCCGCGUGGACAUCAUGCCCGACAUGGUUUAUGACAGUUUUCCCAUCAUGUGCUGGGCCGAUGAGAGUCGCGAGAAGGAAGCCGCCGCCAAGGUGCGCGAGUUAGUCGUCGCCGAUGACCGCGUGGCGAGCGUCCUAUGGAACAAUUUACUACAAACUGAUCGGUUCAGUAGCAGCGAGCCAGGCGACAACACGAGGGCAGAAGACCAGGUCUUUGCGGAUCGCGACUUUGUCCUGCUUCCUGGGAGAGUCAUGGCCUACGCAUUGCGAGACAGGAAAUUCUUCAACGCCGACGUGUCCUCCGUGAGAGAAACCCAUUGGCCAUCCGGGGACAAGAGCCCAUUCAACUCGCUCAUGAUCAACCCUGAGCACAAAACCAUGAUCCUCUCCAUCGUCCAGGAGCAUUUCGAGAAAAAGAUGUUGGUCGGGCAGCUCCAACAGCUCGCUGUCUCUAACAGGGGCAAAACCGGCGACAACGGGGACCUCGAACUGACACUGCCAGACCAGGACUUUAUCAAGGGCAAGGGCAAGGGUCUGGUGAUUUUGCUGCACGGUGCGCCGGGGGUUGGCAAGACAGCCACGGCCGAGGCUGUGGCUCUCUUAUACAAGCGGCCGCUGUUCCUAAUCACCUGUGGUGAUCUCGGCACUACCCCUGAGUCCGUUGAGGGAGGACUGAAGCAGAUCUUUCGCCUGGCUAAUCUCUGGGACUGGACAAACAGCAUCCUGCUCUUGGACGAAGCCGACAUCUUCUUGUCCCAGAGAGAAAAAGGCGACGAAAGCGUCACCCGUAAUGCCAUGGUAUCAAUCUUCCUCAGAACACUGGAAUACUACCCCGGAAUCCUAUUCCUAACCACAAACCGCCCCGGGGUUCUCGACGAGGCGGUCAAAUCACGCGUGCACGUGAACCUGAACUACCCAGCCUUCACCCUCGACCAAACACUCGAACUGUUCAAAAUAAACAUCGAACGCCUCGAAGACAUCGAAAAGGUGCGGUUCAAAGCCCAGCAAGCGAGUCCAAACCCCGGACCCGCUAGACAACCAAUGGAGAUCCGCAAGAACGAGAUCCUCAAAUUUGCCACAAAGCACUACAACGGCGACAAGGCCCUCCGCUGGAACGGCCGACAAAUCCGCAACGCCUUCCAGAUCGCCGCCUCCCUAGCCCGCUUCCAACACCAACAACCCCAACCCCAACCCCAACCACACCAAGACCAGCCCCCCGCGGCCCCCUACCUCGGCAAAGCGCACUUCAAACAAGUCGCCCAAGCCACCGCCUCCUUCGACAAGAUGCGCCGCGACCUGCUCGGCGUGUCGGACGGCGAGCUGGCCUUCCACCGCAUUGAGCGUGCGCCCGACGGCCCCGACCUUCUCCACACCGACGAGGCGGGCCGGGAUGGGCGCCGGGAUGAGCGCCGGGGGGGAGGGUGCUCGGGCCCGGGAUAG